AUGACCAGCAGCACUAACAGCGGCAGGCACGUCCGCGCACACGCGCAGCGAUGCAGGGGCGCGACCACGGCGACGGUGGGCGCGGCGCUCGCGACGCGCAGGCGUGCAACCACGACGGAGCAGCGGCAGCAGGCACAACAGAGUGCGGUGGAGGGGUGGUCUCCCUCCGCGAACGCCGUGACCCGUUCGGGUUCGUACGGCGCGGGCGGACGCGCGCCCUUCUCCGAUCCCUAUCCCUCCCAUGGUGGGGAGCGCCCGGCUGAUGGACAUGGCCAGCCAGGGCAGAACCGCCAGGGCGGUAAUGGCGGCAACACCGGCGGCCGUGACCGCAACGCUGGUUAUGCCGGCAAUGGCCGGCAAGGUGGAGGGGGCAACGCCGGCAACAACAACGGCGGAGGAGGUGGGCGUCGCAACCGCUGGCGUCCCCGGUGCCAAUUUUGCAAGAACUGGGGCCAUGAAGCCGACGACUGCCGCAAGCGCUAUGAUCAGGAUCACAACUCCUGCACCGCAAACUUGGCCUCCACCAACACCGUCGACUUCCCUUGGGUGCUGGAUACCGGGGCUACGGAUCACUUGACCAAUGAUCUUGAGCACCUCCAGGUUCACGAGCGCUAUGACGGCAAGGAUCGGGUUCAGGUGGCCAAUGGUGCAGGUGAUAUUGCUUUGAGUCCCCCCCAGGUACAUGUUGCUGCUCCGACGCCUCCUGAUGCGCCCGACGUGCAUGUCCCGCCGCCCGAGGCUGGCGUGGCGCCCGAUGGCGCACGCGGCUAG